AUGACAAUUCUCACGGAACAUAACGAUGCUCACGGAAUAUGGCAAUUCGCACGGAACAUAACGAUGCUCACGGAAUAUAGCAAUGCUCACGGAACACAGCGAUGCUCACGAAAUAUGCUAAUGCUCACGGAAUAUGGUAAGCGCUCACGGAAUAUGACAAUACACACGGAAUAUGGCAAUGCUCAC